AUGCUCUCAGAAGAAGGGCGCCGUACUCUGCUGAGACUCCGGAAGAAGCUGCGCGAGAUAGUGCAGAUCAACGAGAAGAUGGCAGCGGGGGAGCCAGUGGAGACGAACCAGCGGAUCAAGGCAGAAGCGUGGCCGCAGCUCAUGGAAGAGCUCAGACGGUUCGGCACAUUGACUAUGGACGUGCAACAGGUGUUGAUGAUUUUGUGGAGGUUGCACCUGGUGCGAGGCAGAGCAAGCUGGGAACGGAUGCAAGCAAGCUUGCUCAGCCAGGGCCGGCUCCUUCGGGGCGCAGUGGCACUUGGGCCUUCCGGCUACGGCGGGCCGCGGUGCCGGUGCCGGGAGCCUCAGCGCUAA